AUGGUUCGAAUAGAGAAGCCACCGUUAGGCCGGUCGAAAGCGGCUGCUGCACCAUCCAAGAGUGGAUCCACGCUAAACAUGACUGCAAAUAUCAAAGUUGUUGUUAGAGUGCGACCUCUAAAUGAGAGGGAAAUGGAGCUGAACAACCGGAUUAUAGUCGACGUAGUUGACGAUAAAAUGUUAGUGUUUGAUCCAAAAGAGGAGAUCCGACCAUUUUACUACCAAGGAGUCCAGCAGCCGAAUAAAAACUUUUUAAAGCGUGCCAACAAGGAAUUGAAGUUUAUUUUUGACAGUGUUUGUGCUCAGAGUGCAAGCAAUAAUGAUGUAUUUGAGAUUACCACCAAGGAUAUGUUGUCUUCCUUGAUGGAGGGUUACAAUUGUUCAGUGUUCGCGUACGGAGCUACUGGAGCUGGGAAAACACACACUAUGAUCGGAAACACUGAGCAUCCUGGCAUCACAUAUUUGACUAUGGAACAUCUGUUUGAUAUUUUAAAUUGUGAAAAAGAUAGGGAGCUUGAUAUUGCUGUUUCCUACAUUGAAGUAUACAAUGAAAAUGUAUAUGACUUACUAAAGCCGUCAAGCACUCCUUUACAACUUCGUGAAGACUCUAAAUAUGGUGUGAUGGUAGCUGGCCUGACACUGCACAAGAUCAAGACUGCUCGGGAACUACUUAACAUGCUAGAAGAUGGCAAUAAAAAUAGAACUCAGCAUCCAACUGAUGCAAAUGCUGAAAGUUCUAGGAGUCAUGCUGUUUUCCAGGUAUAUGUAACAAUGCGUUACAAAACUUCAAACCAGUUUCGCAUAGUGAAGCUCUCAAUGAUAGACUUGGCGGGCAGUGAGCGAGCAAGUGCAACUGGCUGUGUUGGGGAACGGUUCAAGGAAGGAGCUAAUAUCAACAGGAGCUUGCUAUCACUUGGUAACUGCAUUAACAAGUUGGCUGAUGGCAGCAGUUAUAUACCUUACAGAGAUUCCAAAUUAACAAGACUUCUAAAAGAUAGCCUAGGAGGCAACUGCAAAACGGUCAUGAUUGCCAACGUAGCACCGUCUAGUGUAAGCUAUGAAGAUACAUAUAAUACAUUGAAAUAUGCAGCCAGAGCUAACAAGAUACAGCUUAGCAUUAAGAAGAAUAUUGUAGACGGGCACAUGGGUCCUUCACAGUAUGUGAAGAUUACUCAAGAAUUGAAGAAAAAAAUUAAAGAGUUGGAGGCAAAAUUGACAUUGUCAACUGUCAAAACGGUGUCAAGAGAACCAGAUCCAGCAAAGGAGAAUGCGAAACAAGAGUGUCGUAAGCGCAUCCAAGAAGAGGAGGCGGUCCACGGCGCGCUGGAGGCGCAGCUGCUCGAGCUGAUGGCGCGCCAGCGCGUGCUGUCGCUGCGCCACGCGCUGCGCACGCGCGCCUUCUCGCACGUCGCAGACCUCGCGCACCGCUCCUCCACAGAGGCCGUGGACUCGAUGUGCACCGAAGAGAUCCCACGGCAGGAACGAGCCCAAGAGAGUUAUGUUAAACAAUCGGUGCUUCUCGAUUCUAAAGUCUUCACCGCCUGGACGAGAUGGGACGAAAGUCGCAAAAAAUUAUAUCACCUCUGCGAACAGGCCCUCGCCGCCCAUCCCGAUCUCGAUUAUUUCGUACAAAACGUACAUUUGCAAAGCAAGCUACGGCAGAGCGGCGCUCUCGAGAGGUUGAAGCAAAAGUUAGUGUCCAUACAGAACGCCGAAAUAAAUGCUUUCACGGAAUACAUGAGCGAUAUGCCCAGAAUGCUCAAAAAGCUCUAUUUGACGCUCAAAGGUUAUGACAAAGUACCUCCCGCUUUAACGGCGGAAUAUUUAGAAGUUAUGAAGAAAGCGAAAUCCGCGAAAGGCAUAACCUGGUCGGACAAAGAGAACGAUACCGAUGCACAUUUUAAAUUUAUCACAACGUUGGACACGCAUAAACCCAGUACGACUUUAGACCUAACCGUCUCGAAAAACGACGCCAAUGCGACCGUCGAUAUUAUAACUGAUGGCGAAGAUUUAACAGACAUAGAAAAUAAAGAACCCGUCAAACUAUCAGCGAAAAAGCGUAAAGGCACGCCUAUUAAACUCGCCAACAACGAAACGAUUAUUAUUAACGAUUCCUUUGAAAGCUUAGAUACGACGAGAAACAUAAAUUCUGCAAAGAAAAUUAAGAGAGAGUACAACAUCGCUUCGGAAAUUGAAAACUAUGGACUUAUCGACCCUAAGGACUUGAAUUCCACGUUUGUGUUGACCGAAACGAGUGACAUAAAGAAAGCCGUCAAAACGGAGGUUAAAAUGGAGUCCCAGCCGGUUAAAAGGGGACUCGUUGAUAGGACAAACACCUUGCAGCAGAGGCCGGUGACGUUUGGUGACAAAGCGAGAAUAGUAAAACCCAUAGUGGGCAAAGCAUUACCGUUCAGGCGCAUGCCCGCGCCGACCAACCCGACCAACCCGACCGCCAGGACCUUCGGGUUCGGCUCCAGUGUACCGCGAGACAACUCGCAACAGAAGAAUGUACAAGUUGGUUGUAAAGCAGUGAGAGCGCGAGAGCGGGUCCAGACGCAUCCCUACAUCCGACCUACUGUGAGGAAAUGA